UGCUAAGUUUGAGACUGCUAUUUUGCUAGCAUUGCUUUUUGCAACUUGAUGUUCUAGAACUGUUCAAAUCGCUUACAGCACCUUUAAUAUGUUAAUCAUCACAGCAUUCACUAAGAACAUAAGCUGAUAUGAGUAAAAACACUGGAGACUGGAAAAUGAAAAUGGUUUGUUAUGAAUCGUGGAACACUUCUGUGUUCAGGGGAAAGUUAAUUUGACUAACUUGUAAUUUGACUUUUGUGGCUACUGAAAUGUUUGAAAAUGCUGUUGAAGUGUUCUUUAUGUACUACGUUGAAUAAAAACGGCUUAAUAUAUGUAUGUCUCAGUGUUGUCAAAGUGCUCAAUACUACAAAUGCCCACAACCAACCAAAUCCAAUGCCUCAGGGUUGGUACGCUGUUGCAAUACCACAGUAAGCCACUAGAGGCCAGUAACGCAUUACCGUCCAAGGGUGGGCUGCUGUCUGUGAUGAUGAUGAUUAUGAUACUGUGGACGGAAGUAACCCUAUUUUUUCCUCUUAAAUUGUGCAUUGUGCUAUUUGACUAAGAUGUUUGGACUACAAAUACAGUAUGAAUACUGACAGUUUAUGCCACGAACGAAGGAUGUCCUGUGACUAUAAGGGUCAGUGGCUUCAAGAACAGUGAGUUCAAGAGAUUUUUCUCCCUCUAAUACACUUAGCACUUUGAAGGGAAACAUUUCAUCAUCUUAAUGAACGGAAAACAGUUUUAGCUUGGAAGGAUGGAGGCGGUGGGGAGAGAAACACACCUGAGUCUCAUCCUAACCCCCCUGCACUCUCCCUCAGGUAAAAGCAGGAGGCAAAAAAUAGAUUCACCUUUAUCCUUUGAGAGAAAAACAGAUCUCGAAACAAAACCACACUACAAGUUGUAGCUCUGGAAGUUUGUUAUUUUAGAAAGACUAUCAUGGAAUUGUAGAGCUCCAAAUAAAAUAAAUUCAGGUUUUCUCAAAUUAGAAGACUUAUGUUUGAAGUUUUCUUUAGAAGUGUUCUCUUCGGGAUUGUUCUGGUUUUGGGAAAACAAGUACACCGUGCACGUCAUUGAUCUUUCGUUCCUUUGAGAAAUAGUCGUGACGUAAGCACUUUUGCUUGGAGGAUGUUGCCGGAGUUUCCAAUCAAAACACUGAACCUUUCUGAAACGAGUUGAAUAGGCCGGCCAGACAACCAAAAACAGACAUAAUACAGUACAAGCAACUAACAAACAAACCACGCAUGACCUUACCAAUCAAAAUUCAGCAUCACAACUGAAAACCAAACAAUACAACCAAACAAACAACAAUGCUAAAUAAGGACCUGUAGACAUACCCAUCUUUCUGGAUGUCAUUGAGUGUAAAGUAUAUUCAGAUUCUAGUACUUGUCUUUUAUGAAUGUGUUACUAAUAACUCCAUCAUUAUCUAUGUGAGAUCCAGUCAAGAAUCUUAAUAAAAGGCUAUUAUAUCUCUUAUUCUGCUCUCUCUCUCUCUCUCUCUCUCUCUCUCUCUCUCUCUCUCUGUCUCCCAUCAGAAGUAAGCAGAAGUUCCUGUUCUCUGGUCUUACUUACAAUGACUUAAUGAAAUGAAAUUAAAGCACUUUUGUAUGCAUCCAGGACAGAUUUUUGUAUUAAAGUACAGUAUGUAUUUAAUUUGUGUUUGUGUCCCAGCUGAAAAGACCAGAAUGAAUUUCUAUGCUGGUCUAUUCUGGUUUAUGCUGGUUUGUUGCUGGUCCUGCUGGACGACCAGCACGCUCACUUUGGGAAAGCUGAUUGAUCAAGGAAGACUGGUUGCUUAAACUAGUGGGGUCAACAAGCAUGCCAGCAUCCAAAACAUAAUGUAUGUCUUUUCAACAUCAGUGUUAAAGCUGUUGACAGUUAAGGGAUUACGAGGAUUCAUUUUACAGUUAGAGAGGCCCCAGUAUGUAUUUGGACACUUAAGCUACACUUAAAAAUGUAUGAAUGUCAUUGAAUUAGAAAACAAAAUAUCCAUUGUAUAUGGGGCUACUGUAUGUGCUCUAUACAAACGGCCAAAUUCCCCCCAUUGGCCCUUAUCAAUCAUGGCUUCCUAAUAAUCCCCAUCCAUUAACUGGCUCUAUCACACCACUCUCUCCUCUUCACCAAUAGCUGGCGUGUGGUGAGCGUACUGGCUCACUAUGGCUGCCGUUGCAUCAUCCAGGUGGAUGCUGCACACUGGUGGAGGUUGAGGAGAGUCCCCUGUUCAGUAUGUAAAGCGCUUUGAGUGUCAGAAAAGCACUAUAUAAAUGUAACGUUCAUUCAUUCACUCUGUAUCACUCUAAUUGUGUGAUGGUGGAUGGGGACACCUGCGCUGGUGUGUGUGUGUGUGUGUGUGUGUGUGUGUGUGUCUGUGUUUAGAACUCUCAGGGUGCCGCUGCUCUUUUUAUUUAGAGUGUGCUUUCUGUGCAGGUGAGGAUUAGCCUAUCCAGUAUACUGUAAGAUCACAGGGUAACUAUGGUGCAACACAUGAGCUACCAUACAUCGUCAUGACAACAGAGGAGGGUCAUUUUCAUGCGCAGGUUAUCUCAUAAACAACUUCACUCACUCUUCAAUACACUUUGUUAGCGAACACACCAAAGUUCACUUGUCUGCUCUGAACAAGUCCACAGGUGAUCUGCAGUAGCCAUGCCCAGUAAACUGGAAGGAGCAAUGGACGCACUCAUCACAGUCUUCCACAACUACUCAGGGACCGAAGGAGACAAAUACAAACUCAAUAAAGGAGAACUGAAAGAACUUCUAAACAGCGAACUCACUGACUUCCUCACGUCUCAGAAGGACCCCAUGCUGGUGGAAAAGAUCAUGAAUGAUCUGGACUCCAACAAAGAUAAUGAGGUCGACUUUAAUGAGUUUGUUGUGUUGGUGGCGGCGUUGACGGUGGCGUGCAAUGACUUUUUCCAGGAACAACAAAAGAACAAAGGAAAAGAUGGCAAAUGAAACAGAUCCAUGAAAUGCUCUAAUACCUGCAUGUAUAAUGCUCUAUGAUGCAUUCAAACAUUUGUUAUAAACUAUGUCAUUAUGUUAGUAGGUCAUUCUGACUAUUGAAAAAUCUUUGAUUUAUUUCAUGCUCUAAUCUAAAGCAAGAUGAUCUUUAUAAAAAUGAUUUUUUUUAUUAUAAACCGAAUGUAGCUUUUGAAAACCUGCACAUAGGACUUCAUUACUGUGUGCCUGUAGAAUGCAUUAGACUGUGUAGAUAUUUCUAUGACCUCUGCUUCUAUAGUCCUCCUUUUUUCACUCAUUAAAUCAUUAAAUACUAUUC